AUGUCAUCAUCCAAGGGUAUCGUACUCGUCACUGGCGCGAAUGGCUUCAUCGGCGCACGAACCGUCGAGGCCUUUCUCGCUGCCAAUUACUCUGUUCGUGCGGCUGUUAGAAGCCAAUCCUCAGCUUCAAGCAUUACUUCGGCUUUACCUACAUAUGCAUCCUCGGGUCAACUUACUACGCUUCUGGUUCCCGAUUUGACUGCCAUCGGAGCCUUCGAUAAUGCAGUCAAAGGCGCGACAGCAAUUGCCCACCUCGCCGCUCCAGUUGACUUUUCCAACACAGACAUCGAUUACGUCAUUAAUUCCUCUGUACAAGGCACGCUCGGAAUCUUGAAAUCUGCCCUCGAUGAGCCCAGCAUCAAGUCCUUUGUUUACAUGUCUUCUAUUGUGACCGUUAGAGGAAGAGCACCAAAGUAUGCGGAGAAGGGUUACACGGAAGAAGACUGGAACGACCAAAUUGAGGAUACGCUUUCUCAAGCUGGGGCGGACGCGACCGGACAUCAAAUCUAUAUCGCAAGCAAGCUAAAAGCAGAGCGCGCAUUCUGGGAGUUUCGACAAAAGCAUGCUGCCAGCAUCAGCUUCACCAUGACAGCCAUCAACCCAGUCUGGGUCGCUGGACCGCCAUUGAUCUUACCUGAAGAUCCCGAGAAGCUCAGCGAAACAGCCAUCGUAACAUAUCGCAUCAUGAAUGGCCAGGAUAUGCCCGCUCAAGGACCUGGAAAUGGAACGCAUGUUGAUGUGCGCGAUGUUGCCAGACUUGUUGCUUUUGCGGUGGAAAGGAAGGAGGUUGCAGACGGCCAGCGAUAUAUCGCGGGCGGAAAUCGCCUUUAUGCCAACAUUCAAGCUUAUCGCGACUUAUUACGCAAGGCGUACCCUGGUAGGAAGAGCAUCAUUGGAGAAGGUGAGCCUGGAAAAGGAUAUAACCAGGAUUAUAGCACACCCAAGGGAGGCUUCUUGGUUAAUGGAAGCAAGGCUGUCAAGGCAACGGGUCAAGACUGGAUCCCGUUUGAUCAAGUGACUUUGGAUACGGCCAAGGUUUACGAGAAGUACUUCUGA